GUGAUUUUUCAUACUACUUGUCUUGCUCUUUCUCGUCAUUUUGAUGUGGAAUCGUGCUAGGCGGAGUUCCAUCAUUACUCACUUCAUCUUGGGCUGGUAUUCCAUCGAACCGAAGGUGGAAACUUCAAAGUUGCUGUUUAGGUGCAUUUCUACAAAAUUUGCUCCGGAUUCAAGAAUUUCAAUCCAAAGACACUGCCAUAGCCGUGCGUUGAUUGUGAGCAAGGAACCAAGGACAAAGAAAGGUUAAGGUAAUGGAGGUCUCCAGUGGGGCGAUGAGCCCUGUCCUCCGUAAGCUCGGUGAGCUGCUUCUCGAUGAAUACAACCUUGGGGAGAAAGUGAAGAAAGGUGUAAAAUCUCUCCUUACAGAGCUGGAGCUGAUGCAUGCCGCCCUUCGUAAGGUUGGCGACGUGCCAUCGGACCAGCUCGACGAGCAGGUUGUGAUUUGGGCUGGCAAGGUGAGAGACCUCUCCUACGAAAUGGAGGAUGUUGUUGACGACUUUCUGGUCCGGGUGGAUCAGGGUUCAAGCGGCGAGCCAAUGACCAUGAAGAGUCGAGUCAAGAAAUUUCUCAAAAAGACGAGAAAAUUAUUUAGCAAGGGAAGAGCACUGCAUCAGAUAUCCGGUGCCAUCCAGGAAGCUCAGGGUCUUGCCAAGGAGUUGGCGGAUCUGCAUACAAGGUAUCAGAUUGACAUGACUAGCACUAGCAAUGGUGCUACCACUAGCAAUGGCGCAACAAUUGACCCUCGUGUGAUAGCUCUGCACAAGGAUGUGGAGAAGCUUGUUGGCAUUGACCGCGCAAGGAAUGAUCUUAUCAAAAUUCUGAUUGGUGAGGACGGGAGUCCCAAGGAACAACUGAUGUCAAUCUCUAUUGUUGGUGUUGGUGGGUUGGGCAAGACAACCCUCACCAAAGCAGUGUAUGAGAAGAUCAAAGCUCAAUUUGAUUGCGCGGCUUUUGUCCCCGUGGGUCAUAAACCAGACAUCAAGAAAGUUUUUAAAGACAUCCUCUAUGGCUUUGACAAAGAAAAGUUCAAAGACGUCCAUAAUACAACAAGGGAUGAAAAGCUACUCAUAGAAGAAAUUGGUGAAUUCCUUGUGGACAAGAGGCUGGUCAUCGCCGUUGAUGGUACCUUCUUGACCGGGCAGUACAAGGGCACACUAUUGGUGGCAAUAGCAAAUGAUGCGAGCAACCGUUUAGUACCAUUGGCUUUUGCAUUGGUAAAUGUUGAGAACAAUGAUAACUGGGAAUGA